UUACUUGAAGUAUGCGUGAUGCGUUGAAAGUAAUUUUAUGUAGUAAUAAAAUGUAAUCCCAAAAAAAAACAAAAAUGGGACGAUCAAAAUUUCCUGGAAAACCUUCUAAACAUAUACACCGAAAGAGGGUUAAUGUUCUUCCACCAACAGGGGAAAUAUCUAACGUUGAAUCUUCUAGCUCUGUGACAGUUGAUUCUGUUGUAGAAAACAAACAGGAUGAAGAUGUUAAUGAAAGUGAUGGAGAAAGUCCACAUACUAACAAUUCUCUAAAGAAAAAAAUUGCAAUGAGCAGAAGGCUGUCCAGAAAAAUAAAACCAUCAUUACGGAAUAAAAAUGUAACUAAAAGGAAUCUACUGUCUAAAAUGUGCAGCAAGUCUCCUGUAAAACCCAAACUAAACAAAGGAACAAGAACAACAUUAACACGGAAAUCUGUACAUAGUUAUUCAGUAACUUGUAGGAGUAAAGUUUCAAAGGAGUCCACUAACUUAGUGGGAAAAUUUGUCUUGCCAACUCGAAGUGUACAUUCUUCUCGAGUAAUAAAACCAAAUAAACGAUUUAUAAGUGACUUGAAUGAGGGUAUAACUUUGAAGAAAAAAGUCAGCAUUACCAAAAGGCAUUGUGUCAAACAGGAAGAAGACAAAUUGAAAAUCAAGACAAUAUGUAUUGAAAGUGGUAGCUUUAAUAAUGAUAGUGAUAAAACCACUUUUACAAAUGGACAUAGAGUUGUUUUAAGACAAGCGAGGCUUAAAUUACCAAACCAAAUAGGAUUGCAGGGCCCUUUUUCUACAAAAUCUAAUACUUCUUCCUCUGGUACAGUAACUUGUGGUGUUUGUGGGGCUGUUAGGUUCUACCGUUUUGUUAAACAAGCUCGGAAAUUCAAUAUUUAUAGUUGCGAAUCAUGCAGGAAGUUUAUAGCAAAGAUGAUAAAACGACAGGCUUGUGGAGGUAAAAAUACUCAAACAGCUCUUAUUUGUAAUAAGGGACAAGGUUCAUGCCACAUUCCACCAGUUAUCAGAAAUCAGCAAUGGAAACUAAAUAAAUGUGCUUAUCGGGCACGAUGUCCAGCUUGCUGGUUGAAAAUGUGCCUUCGAUCAUUUCACAUGCCGCCAACAUUGAAGCAAGGUUUAAUGUUGAUGUUGCCAAAAAACAUGCAAGGUUCAGAUAUUGUUUUUAGCAAUUCUCUUCCUCCUCUGUUAUGGCAAGUUAAUGUGGAGCCAAAAUUAUUAAUAGAUAAACCUCAAGAAACAACGACCUUGAAACAACGACCUGUGAGGUUCAAAAAUCCCAAGAGUCAAGCAAUACCUGCCCUUCCUGUUUCGAAUUCAGAUAUCAAAAGGCAAAAAAUAGAUCUUAAAGGACCUCGUGUGAAACAUGUAUGUCGUAGUGCUUCAAUAGUAUUAGGACAGCCAAUAGCUACCUUCACGGAAAGUGAAAAGAAAUGUGAUACUCAAGAUCAACCUCUGAUUGAUAUUAAAAUUGUUGAAGAUAAAGUGGUGAAUGAAAAAGAUUCUCUAGAAGGAAAACAAACUGUUUUGAUCAAGUGUGACACAAUUUCUAGUGAACCUGAAUCUAAUUGCAGUGACCGAGUAUCUAAAAUAUCCAGUUCUGUUAGUGAUUAUUCUGAAACAAUCACUAGGAGAGAUAAAUUGUAUAGAAACACCUAUCUUGCUUUGCAGAACUGUUUGGAGACCAAAGCACCUGAAAGAAAAAUGAAUCUCACAGAAUCCCAAAAUGGCAUUAAUAUUAAUUUUUGGGAUGGAUAUGAUCCCGAAAGUAUUUGUCAAAAUGGAUUCUGCAUUAUAGGAUCUGAACAAUUUUCCAUGUCGGCUAUUUGCUUUCUUUGUGGAAGUGCAGGAAAAGAAACCAUGUUAUAUUGCUCUAUGUGUUGUGAACCAUACCAUUCGUUUUGUCUAGAACAGACGCAGACAGUGCCUACCGAUGGCAAUUUGAAACAAUAUACAUGGAUAUGUCCUAGAUGUACAGUUUGUAAUGCGUGUAGUCAGAUUGAUAGACUCAAAGUAAGCUGCCAAAAAUGUUUAAAGGCCUAUCAUCCUGAGUGUGCCAAGUGGAAUUGUGAAGAAAAACCAACGAUGAUGGAAUGUGCAAAAUGUACAAAAUGGGUACAUGCAAAGUGUGAACAUCUGACCGAGGAGCAAUACCAGAUAUUGAGUGUUCUGCCAGAAUCAGUGGAGUAUAUAUGCUCGUCCUGUUGCAAAAAACCCUCACCUUAUUGGCGAAAAGCUGUUAACACUGAAUUGAGAUCGUGUCUGAAUAAAGUUUUGAGGCUUCUCAGUAAAAAUAAAACAGCUCGGAAUUUGUUGAAGUGGAGCCCACUCAACAAUGCAGUGCCAUCUAGCAAAACUGCGAUAAAUGUGAGAAAGUUGACUUUUUCUGAUGAGGAUAUGGAUCUUGAUAACAAUAAUUAUUAUAGUAGAGACAUUUCUGAGGCCAGUAAAAUUUACUCUUUUGAAGAAAAUGAAAAGUAUGAAGUUCCUCUCAACAAGCUAACAAAUACUCUAUCAAUGGUGGAUAUAAAAAACAAACUAAAUGCCAAUGAAUACUCUUCGGUCAAGGAAUUCAACGAAGAAAUAGAAGAAUCUUUGAAAUCAACGAAAUCUGAGCAGCUAUUGAAAAUAUAUAAAAACAUAUUCCAUGACGUUUUUCCGUGGUAUGAAAAUUCUCAAAAUGAGGAAGAACCCAAAAAUAUCAAUGAUAUAUCCAUUGAUGACCAGAAUACGGCUUUGUCACAGAAGAACGUGCAUAUUAAUGUUACAUCAUCAUUUUCUGAUACAAGAUCAUGUAGUUUUUGUAAGGGUCUUGGAGAUGGUCUGGCACAUCAAGAAUCCAGGCUGUUAUAUUGUGGUCAAAACGAAUGGGUACAUGCUAACUGUGCCCUCUGGUCUUCAGAAGUAUAUGAAGAAAUUGAUGGUUCCUUACAAAAUGUCCAGAAUGCUCUGAAUAGAGGUCGUUUGAUAAGAUGUGCUCAGUGUAAGCAGAAGGGUGCAAGUGUGGGAUGCUGUUACAAGGGAUGCCAUGAAACGUUUCACUUUAUUUGUGCUCGUAUGGCAAAACUUAAUUUUAUGCAUGACAAGACCGUUUUUUGUUCUAGUCAUGAGAUACCUAAGAACAGCCAUGUAAUAACUGUGAACAUUGAUUUUGAAAUCCACCGUUCUGUUUAUGUGGAGCUAGAUCAGAAAAAACGAAAAUAUGCUAAUAUAGAUAAGGCGACUGUUAUGAUUGGAUCUUUGUGUGUGAAGAAUUUGGGAAAGAUUGAACCUAUUAUAUCUGAUAGUGCUGAAGCUAUUAUUCCUAUGGGUUUCGUUUGUACCAGACUUUAUUGGUCCACAGUGGAACCUUGGAAAUUAGUUCCUUAUACCAUCACAACAUCAAUACAAAAUCAUAAUAAUUAUACACUCACGGUGGAUAGGAAUUUCACCAUUGAUCAUACUCUGAAGAAAACGGCUGUUGAUAAGAUCUUGAAGGAAGUGAAUGCCUGGCAACGUGAUGUUGAUAAAAAAGUAUCAGAUGUAGAAUCAGAAGAUGAUGAAGAACAACAAAAUGGUGCUGAUAUUCUGUCCCCUGAAUUAACAGAUGCAAUUUUAGAAGAAUUACCACAUGAUCUUCUCGACGGAAUUUCGGUUCAAGAUAUUUUUCCAAAAUUCACCUAUGAUGAUCUGAUAAGUAUUGAUUACAAAACUGAUUUGAGUAAUUUAGAGAGUCUAGCUGACAGUUGCAAAAAAUCUGAAUUGGAAGACGACUCUGAUUUAGAACUCAAAAAUAAAGAUUUUAAAAGGGUUAGACCUGACAUCAACAAAUUUGAUUCAUUGUCAAAAUCACGAUCUUGUAGUCUGACUUUAAGCUGUAAACUAGACAAUUCUUUGUCUCCUGCUGUGAAAAAGCGGAAAAUAGCAGCAGCCAGAGAAAAUAACGUAAUUUAUCAGAUUUUACAAGUGGAUGGAAAUUUUGAUGAAAGUAGUUCUAGUGAGUGUGGAUCCCCUACUGGAGUUGAAACAAAUCCUUGGGGGACUUACCAUUCCGAGGAACCUGUGACCUGUGAUAAAUGCCAGUCUACUUACCGAACUCAAGCAAGCUAUAAACGCCACCUGGAAUCAUGUGAAAUGUUAUGUACCAGUGAGAGUGAUUCAGAAAUGAAUGCUGAUCAAGAAAUGAUUGCAACUUUUGUGAAUCCUACAUCUAAUUUUGUUGAUAAUCAAGUAAUGGUUGAUAUUAAUGAACCAGUGGUUAUAUCAUCUUUUGAAUCAUACCAAAGUGAAAUACAUACUUCAGUCGUUAAUACUCAAAACUUUGUUGCUUCUAAAUCGACUUCAGAAGUUGUAGCUGUUCCGUCAGUUCCUGAGGUUGUUAUUCAAAGUAUUCCACAGCCAGUUGAUCAAAAACCUUUAAUACAGAGUAUACCAGUGAAUACUGUAACUCCUAUUACUUUGGAAACUUCACAGACUGAUCAAACCUAUACCAUAAGUCAGCCAACAAUGAUUGGCGAUUCAUCUAUUUCAAUUCAUGCAACUCAGCCUCAGUUUUGUGUGAAUCAAAAUAUACCACUAUGUGUCAACCAACCCAUGUCUUUGCAGCAAAAUAGUAUUCAAGUUAAUCCCACAUCAAAUUAUGCAGGAAACCAGGUAUUGUCUAUAAAUCCUUCUGGAUCUAUUUCUAUAAAUCAGGUUCCACCCAACAGUUCCAUAGCAAUGAAUCAAAUAAAUCAGCCGACAAUACCACAACCCCUGGAUUUUCAUCAAGCACAGUCAGUAACUAUCCAGUCAGUUCCUUACAAUAAUACGAUUUUAAAUGUAGGAUCUCAAAACCAAUUUGCUUUGAACAGCAAGUUGAUAACAAACCCAGUAUUGCAUACCAUGAAUGUACCAAGUACCCAGUGGAUGAAACAGGUGUCUAAACCUACAGUGAUAACCCACAAAGCUCUGAAAUCUAAAGGCCGAAGUAGAACAAUUGCAGCUAAACGUCAAACACCAUUUGAAGAUGGAGACACCAUUAUUCUUCCAGCACAAAGCACAUCUGGACAAGUAAUAGUACAGCACCUUCCGUCCACGAAUUAUGUUCCAGCAUUUGUUGAUCCAUUUCAACAGCAGGGACAGAAUUUGCAAUAUGUUGCCACUAUUACCCCUCAGUGUAACGGUGUACCCACCCAGUCUUUAGUACAAAUACAACCUGAUAAUAAUAUUAUCAGCUUAGUACCUGGUUUACAGCAAACAAUGUAUAUACAACAACCUAGGGUAGAAAAUCAGCUAGUUGUAGACAGUAAUGGUGCACUUGGUUGGUCUCAGCAACAAACUGUCCAACCAGUGUACUAUGGAUUUGAAACAAUUGUCCAAAAUACUGUUAUGCAAUCCCAACAGUUCCUACCGACAACUAUGCCAGGUGUCUUGACAGCAAAUAGCAGCUACUCAACAACCACACAAGUAUUUCAAACCAGUAAAUUAGAGCCAGUAUUGGAUGUAUCCUCGAAUAGUUUUGUAUUAGUUAAUCCCGGACAGCUAGUGAAUUCACAACCAAUAGUGAAUAGUCAGAACAUUAUCAACUCUCAACCUAUUGUGAAUUCACAACCAAUUGUCAACUCACAGCCAAUAGUAAAUCCACAGCAUUUGGUGAACUCACAGCCUAUUGCAACCACACAUUUAGUAUCCUCUCAACCAGUGGUCAAUUCUCAUUCCAUAGUUUGCCCACAACCUAUAGUCAACUCACAGUCAAUUAUUAACCCACAGCCUAUGGUUAGUUCUCAGUCAGUAAUUAGCUCACAACCAAUUGAGGUUCAUCAGUAUUCCCAAGCCACCCCAGUGAACGUGAUCAAUAAUGUUAUUCCGCAUAGGCAGAUUGAGAUGAAAGUGCCUAGACCUCCCAUCGAAAUAAAACCAUCACGACCUCCAUUUGAAAUGAAACCGUCACGACCUCCUGUUGAAAUAAAACCAUCACGACCUCCGGUUGAAAUAAAACCAUCACGAACUCCAGUCGAAAUAAAACCAUCACGAACCCCUAUUGAAAUAAAACCAUCACAGCCUCAGCGCAUGAAAUACUUGCAACCAGUACCAACUCACAAACAAAUUAUUCCAGUUACUUCAGCUCACAGCAUCACACUUCCCACUGCACCAUUUGUAUCCGAACAAGGUAUUCCUACAAAUAUUGUUACUCCAAUUCCUAAACCUCCCUUCUCUUGCCAAAGUCGGCCAAUGAGUAGGGUACUUCCUAUGCCUACAAAUAACUCGAUAAAAGAGUCUAAAAAAAUAAGCUGUGAAGAUGACAAGUUCUUUAUGGAGGAGAAGAAGGAACCUAUUGAGGUAAUUGAAGUUGACGAAAUCAAACCUCCCAUUAAACAAUUCACAAAAGCUUUUAUUACUGAAAUUGAGCCCAAAAAGUUGGAGAUAGUGGAAUCUGAAAUCGAAAAACCAGUUUUGAGGACAAACGUACCGCCAGCAGUAUUCCCAAAAACUGAAAAGGAAGAUAAAACAGAUGGUUUCAAACCAAGUGAAUCUUUGGCACCUUCGAAACAACCAGAAAAACUAGAACAAGUCAAGGAAGAAAUAUUACCCGAAAAAAAGGUAGCUGUAGUACAUAAGUCUAUGGAAAUGGAAAUAUCAAUUCCCGAAGAUACCAAAUUAGAUACUUCUUUGAAAUUAGUGUUUCAAAAACAAGGUCAAGAUGGAACCUAUAUAAUUAGUAAUAAUUUCACUGCCAAACAACCUAUUCAGGUAGCCCCAUUGAAACCAAUCAAAUCACACCAUUUUACACAGGAUUCUGUUGGUCAAACACAAGCGAAAAAACAGGUUAAGGAUAAGGUAGAAGAGAAAAUGGAAAAGAAAGUGGAAGAGAAAAUGGAACCGAAAACAGAACAUUUGGAUAUACCAAAGACCCAACCAGUGAAAAAAGAAAAUGAAAAUUCUUCUUCAAUUUUAUAUACAAUGGAGACCCAGGACGGUUUCAAAUAUUCCUCGUCAUCAGUUUCUGAUCUUUGGUCUAAGGUGUUAGAUGCCGUUCAGACUGCUAGAGCAGCUCACAACAUGCCACCUCUACCCACUAACAGUGCUGGUAUCAUGAACUCUGUUCAUGUCUUAGGCUUCAAAUCGAAUGGAUUGAAAUAUUUGAUAGAACAGUUGCCGGGAGCCACCAAAUGUUCUAAGUACAAGUCAGUUUUUAAAUUUCCACCACAUCCUAAUGAUAUUGAUGAUGAGUAUCGCCAGGAUCACAUAUACGGUACCAUAAGAUGUGCACCUUAUGAAAAUCACAAUAGCGAGCCAUAUGAUAUGUUUGGCUGGCUAUCUUCCAAGCAUCGUCAACCUGAAGAAAUUUCUCUGGACACGCUAGAGCUCCUUCCGAGACGUGUAGUGAAUUUACCAAUGGCCAUGAAAUUUAGGCAACUGAAGUUAACCUCAAAAUAUUCUGUUGGGGUGUACAGAUCUUGUAUUCAUGGAAGAGGACUAUUUUGUCUCAGAGAUAUCGAAGCAGGUGAAAUGGUUAUCGAAUAUGCUGGAGAGGUGAUACGGUCUAUCUUGACUGACAAAAGAGAAAAAUACUACAAUUCUAAAGGUAUCGGGUGUUACAUGUUUCGUGUUGACGAUAAUUUUGUUGUCGAUGCCACUAUGAAAGGAAAUGCAGCUAGAUUCAUCAAUCACUCCUGUGACCCAAACUGCUACUCAAGGGUAGUGGAAAUACUCGGACAUAAGCAUAUAAUAAUUUUUGCACUGCGCAGGAUACUGAGUGGGGAAGAAUUAACAUAUGAUUAUAAGUUUCCUUUUGAAGAGGACAAAAUUCCAUGUACAUGUGGAUCUCGAAAAUGUCGAAAAUUUUUGAAUUGAUUCCUACGGAAACAAAUCAGUAUCUGUAUAAUUGUACAUUUUCUGUGUAUUUAUAUUGUAUAUAUCUCAGAUUUUUUUAAAUGUAUGUAUCUCUCCUUCCUCAUGUAGCACCUAUAAUAGCCAUUAAAGAUUUUAACAUUCUUGAAAUAAAUGUAGGUUUUGUAAAGUCAGUAUUUGAAAUUUUUAAAGCAUUUGGCUGUGAGGAUAUAUAUGCAUUUGUGCCAUUGGCUCAAUAGGUGCUAUAUAUUUGAAUUGAAUUUUUGAUAAAACGGUUUCAUGUGAUAUUCAUAAUUAUUUGCGGAUUUUUUUCACUUUAUACACUUUCCCUUUCAUGGAACAAAGUUUUUUCUUUUGACACUUUUAUAACUAUUUCCCUAUAAUGCUUCAGUCAUUAAUAGGUUUCUAUGAUAUUUUAUUACUGAUUGCUAAUAAGAGCUGGAGCUGAAUUCUGCUUUCUUAACUUUUUCAUAUUUGGAGAAAAAUCUUUGUUUUAUGACCUGUAUAUUGUAUAUACAACUUUAUAUUAAGAGUACCAAAUGAUUUUUGGAAAUU